CGAAUUCCGCAAUAGCUAUUCCGGUUGUUUUUCCGUAUACGUUCCCGAUAUUAUUUUUAUCAUCUACUUCCGGGACGUCUCUCAUCAUCAACAUAUCAUAGCAGCCACAAUCAACAAGACGCAAUUCACAAAAUUAACUUACUAUUUACGAUCAUCGAUAAUAUAUAAAGGAUGGGUAAAAGAUACUGUUGCGUUCCGGGAUGUAGCAACACCUCUGACAGUGUAGAUUUAAAUGGCAACAAAAUUAUUUUGCAUCGUUUCCCAAUGUCAGAAAAGAAAGCACACAUCAAAAGACUAUGGAUUCAAAGAUUGAACAAUGUAAGAGCAAAUUUGGUGGUGAAAGACCAUACUAGAGUGUGCAGUGCUCAUUUUGAAGGGACAUUCACAGAUGAAUCCAUACCAACCAUAUUCCCUAGCAAGCCAAAAAAACAGGAAACUCCCCGCCGACCAUUGAUUAGGAAAUUAGGCAAUAAUAAUGAGUUGAAUGAUGCUGAAGAAAAUGAAAACCCAGUUGGACUUGAACCAUACAGCAAAUUCAGAUCAGUGUCAACACAAACUGAUGGUGUAGUUUUAAACCAUGCUGAGACUAACACAGAAAACAUAUCUACUGAGACAGUAGAGGUUCAAACAGAGAGUUCCUUCUCUUCUGUUUCAGUAGAGCAUGUAGAGGUGCAGGCAGACCUACCGAGAAUAUCUAUUAAAAACAUUCAAAAUGAUGAUGCAAAAGUUCGGUUUUAUACUGGGUUUGUCGGCUUUAAAGUCUUUUGGAUGUUUUUUAGCACACUUGUCAAGCAUGGUGCUGAUAAUUUAAAUUAUUGGGAAGGAGAGGCACGAUCAAUGGGACAAAAAACUUACCAUGAACCAGGUGUUUGCAAACCAGGAAAGAAAAGAUUUUUAAGGCCAAUCGAUGAAUUUUUAAUGACUUGCAUGAGAUUAAGAUUAGCACUUAGACAUGAACAUCUUGCAGACAUUUUCCGUGUGUCUGAAUCUACUGUAUCUAGAAUAAUGAACACCUGGAUAAAUUUUUUAUAUGAUCAUUGCUUGACACUGAUUGCUUGGCCAACACGUGAACAAAUUAUGUGCAAUUUGCCAAAACUUUUUACAGGACAUCCUGAUACGAGAAUUGUUGUUGACUGCACAGAAUUUUAUAUUGACAAACCAACUUCAUUGAAAGCACAGUGGUUAACUUGGUCUGAGUAUAAACAUUCAAACACUUUAAAAGUAUUGAUUGGUGUUGCACCAAGUGGAAUGGUGACAUUUGUGUCUAGACUAUGGGGUGGAAAUGUGUCAGAUCGACAUAUUUCUCAACAUGACGGAUUUUUACCGAAGUUAUCACCUGGAGAUGUUGUCAUGGCAGACAAAGGUUUCACAAUAGAGGAUUUGUUACCAGCUGAUAUUGGUUUAAAUGUGCCACCUAGAGUAUCAACAAAGUGUCAAAUGUCCUCCAAAGACUUUUUUAAAACUACAAAUAUUGCAUCCGCAAGGAUAGUUGUUGAAAUGAAAAUGGAACAAAUUAAGAACUUUAACAUUUUGAAUUCUGGCAUUCCAUUAACUGAAGCCCAUUUAUCAGAACAAAUUGUACUAAUAUGCACUGCUUUGACCAAUUUGUUACCUCCACUUCUGAAGUGAAAAUAUUGAAAGGGAUAUAGUAAAGCCCAUUUGUUGAUACAUUGUAAUUUUCUGUAUAGCUCAUGAGAAUUUUUUUUUCUUUCAAUUUAAUGCAUGCAUGUGAUGAUGUAUAGAAUUAUCAACAAUUCAAAUUAUCAUGCUUAAAGAUUUUCACUGUUUUGAUAAGAGAAAAUUAUUUAGUCUAUAAUUUUAUUCUGUUUCUUAAAAAUGAUUGACAUGAUUGACAACAUGAAAGUUUUACAAGGUGGUGUUUUUUUUUUGUACAGAAAAUGAGCUUUACUAUUAAAUUGCUGUUUUCAUUUAUAUUUGAGAUGAAACUUUGUUAUAUCCAUGUAUAUCAUGUAAAAUGAUGUAUAUUUGCUAUUUAUUCAUGUUAAAAGUUCAACAUAUCAAGUUUUGCUUCGUUUUUUUACUGGUUUUGCUUCAUUAUUGAAGGCUGUACAAUGACCUAGCCUAUAGUUAUAAACUUCUAAGUCAUUUGAAGUCUGGUGAAGAUAUAAAUAUACACCAUUUAAUUAUUCCAUAAACCAAAUAUAGUUCACAUAUUCUUUAUUGUCAGUAUAUGAAAAUGAGGUCACAAGUCAGAUGACACCUGCCAAUUGGAUAUGCAUAUAUACCAUACACCAAAUAUAGUUGACCUAUUGCUUUCAAUAUCUGAGAUAUAGACUUAAUAUAAAAAAGAAGAUGUGGUAUAAUUGCCAAUGAGACAACUCUCCAACCAUUGUUUAUAACCUUCAAAACUUAACCUUGUUCAUCACUGAUCCAUGAAAUGUAGUUGAGGGCAAAUGAAAACUGUCUGAAAGACAUGUCAUGAGGCUUGCAAGGUAAAAAUGUAUAAACUUACAAAAUUCAGUGAACUUAUUACUCAAAAUAAGAGAAUGUCAAAUUAAAAAAUUCUUAGCUUUUUUCCAAACAAUCACCUAACCAUGAAAAUGAGGUCAACAUGCAUAUACAUGUAUGGUCAAGGACGUUUGACAUAUGACAGAUGUAAAUUUUGUAACAUAAGGUAUCUUAUACAAAGUAUUUUAAAUCAUCUACCUU